AGGACUUCACUGCGGCUGCGCAUCGCUGCGCUUUGGUGAAGCCCUUCAUGUUUCGAUAUUGUUCGACGACAAGCAGCAUGGCGGAGCCCACGGUGCGUGUGUCCGGGAUAGUUCUAGCCUCUCUCGUGUUUCAUCACGUCAACAGCGACUCCGACGUGGAAGGUCUGAUACUUGGAGAGAGUAAGUUUGAAGAGCAGGUCACCAUCAGUGACACUCAGGCAGAUCACAUCCACAUCGAGGAGACGUACAAUGUCCACAAACACAUAACCUGCCACAAACUGAACAGCUUCUACAACAGCGUCGGAGCACUAGAUAUGGAAACUCUCAAUAACAUCCUGGCAGACAAUAAGCAGGAUCAGGUGAUCGGUUGGUACAGACAGCGCAGGAACACAGAGCAACAAAUGAGUUUCAGAGAGAAGGUCGUCCAUGAGAAUCUGAAGAUCGCUCUGUCCAACCCACACAUUAUCUUUGUGCUGCUGACACCAAGUAAGCUGACCCCUGCUGGUUCCACCCACAGGAUGGAGUACGCUGCCUUCAUCUCCCGCAGCAGGCAGUUCAUCAACGUUCCUGUGCUGGUCAACAACCUGGGUUUGCUGGAGCAGCUAGCGUACUGGAAGGUGUCAGCUCCAUGCUCUGCUGUAGGUUAUAACGCCACCAUGAAGAAACAUGGGUCAAAGUUCUUCUCGUCCAACGGGCUGCUGAGAGAAGUUAACGAGGUGAAUAAGAUGAAUGAGUCCUUGCAAUUGGAGCUGCAGAAAACGUGCAGAGACGUGGAGAAGAGUGAGCGCCUGGUGGAAACGCUGCAGGCUGAAGUCUCAGCUCUCAGGGGUCGAGUCAGAGAGAGGACAGAGCAGGACACAGCAGGAGACGAUGGUGGACCUGACCGAGAGAAAAACAACCUGCGGCUGCACGAGGCCGUUAGAGCUCUGUUCGCCUGGUCUCCUCUGUUCCACACACAGACGUUAACAUUGGAUGCAUUUCCUGUGGCCGACGGCUGCUGCGCCUCUGAGCAGGGCCAACACACAGCGGUGACAAACUCAGACACACAGGAAACACUGCUGCGGAGUUCCAAUAGGACAAACUGUCGGAAAAGACUAAAAGCAACACCACCGGGGAGGGAGAGCAAACGCAGGAAGAGUAGGUCCUGAUAGAAAUCAGACAUUGACCGAUUAUACAAACUCUAAUCUAAUGUUUUUAGUUGGCUCCUGUUGGUCAUUUACACUCUAAAGUUGUUUUAACCCCAGAUGAUGAUGAUGAUGAUAUAACAAGACACUGGCCUUGAAAUGCAGUUUGAUGGUUUGUAUAUUCUCAGAACUGUUUGAUAAAUGUCUUUUUAAUAAAAAUGUUUGAGACUCUCA